AUGGACUGCUGUAAUGAGGCUCAACAGUCCUUCCUCCUCAGCUUCCUCUGCUUCGUCGCUACAACCUUCUUACUGUGGCGAACGCCGAUCUUCAAGCCGCUCAAGCUCUUCGCCGUGUUUCUGCACGAAUUCUCGCACGCGACGGCGGCCACGCUCUGCUGCCAACGGGUGACGGGCAUCGAGGUAGCCUGGAACGAAGGCGGCCUCUGCACGUACUCCGUGUCGUCUACGCAGCGACGAGUGUACUUUAUCAAGUGCAUGGUGCUCCCGGCGGGGUAUCUCGGUUCAACGCUGUGGGGCUGCGGGCUUGUCCUCGCCACCGCUUGGCCUACGGGCGCCAAGGUCUGCGGAUGCGUGGUGGUGGUCGCGCUGGUUAUCGCGCUCUUCUUUGCGGUCUGCGGCGUUGCUAAGGGCCUGAGCGAGCGCUGUCUCCUCAUCGGCCUCGCUACCAUUUUCGGAGUCGUCGUCGGCGCGCUCACUGUCCUCGACUUCACCCUAGACACGACAGAGACCUCCUACGCACUGGAGACGGCUUUGCUGUUCAUCGGCGCCGUCAACAUGACCUUCGCCACGUACGACAUCUAUGACGAUACCGUGCGGCGCAAGGACGAGCGAUCCGAUGCGUACAAGUAUGCCGAGCUGGUCCCGUGCUGCUUUGCACGCUGCGUCGGCUGCACCUGGUUCCUCCUCGCCUCCGCCGCGUGCGUCGGCUCGGCCUUCGGCCACGUGUACCUGGUCGGCGACGGCUCGGUCGCGGGGAGCAAGGACGGCGGCUCCGCAUGCGACCUCGGCGACACGGACUGCCUCGACUGGUACGAAUGGCUCCCCGGGCCCAUCGCCCUGGCCUUUGGCGUCGGGUCGCACGCCCUCUGCUGCGCCCUGAAGCGGGCACACAUCAUCGAUCGGGAGCCCGGCCUGAGCAUCUGA